CUACAGCCCAGGCUUCGCCUGAGUCACGGUAGCUGGCUUUGCGCAUGCGCCCUCGGUGGCCUAGUCACCCGCUUGGACUUCCGGUUUGGGAGCUGGACUAGAAAGAAGGCUGGAGAGCCGGGCCUGGGGCCGACCCCGGGUCGAUGAGGCUGGCUCGCAGGCAGAGGGGCGAGUGGAUUGAGGGACAGCCCGAGAGAGACACUUCCAGGGGUGUGCUGGAGAGGCUCUCAGGCACCUUAGCCCGGCAGGGGGUCUCUGGAGGGGACUGCACCACGGCUCCGAUAGUGACCUGGCCGGAGAGAGCGAAGACAAAGAGGCCGGAACCCCGCACCCGCCGCUCCCUGAGCUGAGCUCCGCGCCCGCGAACUCCGCAGCACUCGGAUCUCCUGGCCGGCACCCGAGCUCGUCCUCAGGAGAUCCAUUCCCAUUACCCCCUCGGACUCCCGUUCUCCACCAACUCAGUGCAUCUCUCCCCAAGCCCACCCGACACUCGCUUCAGGAGCCAAAACCAACUUCUCCCAGUCGCGAGGUUUCCCGUCAGAAUAUUUGCUGAGCGGUUACAUCUGCUGUGAGGAAAAACAAAGACCCAGUAUUCAGAGGAAACUUCUCGGAGACUCAUCAGCAGGUGAUUCUCCAAGGACAUGGGAAGAUAGGUGUAAGCCCUGGAACCCAGACUCUUAAUUGGAGGGAAGCUGCUUUCUGCUGCGAAUGAUGGCCAAACCCACUCUGAGAGGGAAUAGCACUAACUCUGAGACCUUCCGACAGCGCUUCAGGAAAUUUCAUUACCAGGAGGUAGCUGAGCCCCGGGAGGCUUUCAGCCAACUCUGGGAACUUUGCUGUCGCUGGCUAAAGCCGGAGGUGCACACCAAGGAGCAGAUUGUAGAGUUGUUGGUGCUAGAACAGUUCCUGACCAUCUUACCUGGGGAGAUCCAGAAAUGGGUACAGGAGCAAUGUCCAGAAAAUGGAGAGGAGGCUGUGGCUCUGGUGGAAGAUUUAGAAAGAGAGCAUGGAAGACCUGGACGUUCGGUCACAGUCUCUGUGAAGGGGCAGGAAGUGCGCUUGGAGAAGAUGACACCCCUGAAAUCAUCACGAGAGUUAUUAAGUGUUCGGCAGGAGUCAGUGGAACCCCAGUCCAGGGGUGUACCCAAGAAAGAGAGGGCAAGAAGCCCAGACCUGGGACCACAGGAGCAGAUGAAACCAAAGGAGAAGCUCAGACCUUUUCAAAGGAGCGGAUUUCCAUUUCCUAAAUCCGGUGUGGUCUCCAGGUUGGAGCAAGGAGGGCCUUGGAUCCCAGAUCUGGGCUCCAAGGAAAAGGAACUCCCAAGAGGCAGUCUCACAGGAGACAGACAAAUGCAUGCUGACCUGUUGCCAUCCAGGAGAGAGAAAAGAAGCUGGGUGGAACAGGAUCACUGGGGCUUUGAGGAUGAGAAAGUGGCAGGUGUGCACUGGGGCUAUGAAGAGACCAGAACUCUCCUCGCAAUUCUCAGUCAGACUGAAUUUUAUGAAGCUCUCCGAAACUGUCAUCGAAACAGCCAAGUAUAUGGAGCUGUGGCUGAGCGGCUCCGAGAGUAUGGUUUCCUUCGGACCCUGGAACAAUGUCGGACCAAGUUCAAAGGUCUCCAGAAGAGCUAUCGGAAAGUCAAGAGUGGCCAUGCAUCUGAGACCUGCCCCUUCUUUGAAGAGAUGGAAGCCCUGAUGAGCGCUCAGGUCAUUGCCCUACCCAGUAAUGGCCUGGAAGAGGCAGCCUCUCACUCUGGCCUGGCAAGCAGUGAUGCUGAGACUGAGGAGCCAAAGCCAGAGAGUUGGCAGCAUGAGGAGGGAACAGAAGAGGCCACAGCUGAAGAGUCUGACAGUGAUGAAAUGAGCCAGAAAGACACCACCCAGGACCCCAGCAACUCGACUGCACCUGUCCUUUUCCGAAGCCCAAGUGGUGUACAUUGGGGUUAUGAAGAGACGAAGACUUAUCUUGCAAUCCUUAGUGAGACUCAGUUUUAUGAAGCCCUCCAGAACUGUCACCGCAACAGCCAGUUGUAUGGAGCAGUGGCUGAGCGGUUAUGGGAAUAUGGCUUCCUUAGGACACCAGAGCAAUGUCGGACCAAGUUUAAAAGCCUACAGACCAGCUAUCGGAAAGUCAAGAAUGGCCAAGCACCAGAUACCUGUCCCUUCUUUGAAGAGAUGGAUGCUCUGGUGAGUGCCCGGGUUGCUGCCCCUCCCAGUGAUGGCCAAGAAGACAUAGCCUCUUGUCCCAUCCAGGAGACCAGCGAGGCUGAGAAGCAAGCCGAGGAGGCAGAAGAGGCCACAGAAGAUGAUUCUGAGGAGGAUGAAGAAGAUACUGAGCUACCCCCAGGGGCUGUCAUGACACGUGCUCCAGUCUUAUUCCAGAGCCCUAGUGGUUUUGAGGCUGGAUUUGAGAAUGAAGAGAAUCUAAAACGGGAUAUUUCUGAGGAAGUACAGCUACAUAGGACAUUACUUGCAAGGUCUGAAAGGAAAAUUUGCCGAAGACGAUGGGAAAGGACCCCAGGAGAAAGAAGAGGAAAAUCCACACUCCCAGAGAGGAGUUUAGGUAAAGUUCUAAGUCAUCAGAGACCUUACUCAGGAGAGAGACCCUAUAAAUAUCUUAGAUACAGCAAAAGCUUUGGUCCAAACUCCCACCUCAUGCAUCAGAUAUCUCAUCAAGUGGAAAAUCCAUAUAAAUGUGCUGACUGCGGGAAAAGCUUCAGUCGGAGUGCACGCCUCAUUAGACACCGGAGAAUCCACACUGGAGAGAAACCUUAUAAAUGUCUUGACUGUGGGAAAAGUUUCCGUGACAGUUCAAAUUUCAUCACCCAUAGGAGAAUCCACACAGGAGAGAAACCUUAUCAAUGCAGUGAGUGUGGGAAACGUUUCAAUCAGAGCUCAAGCCUUAUAAUUCACCAGAGAACCCACACAGGAGAAAAGCCCUAUCAAUGUGAAGAGUGUGGAAAAAGCUUCAAUAACAGUUCUCAUUUUAGUGCACAUCGGAGGAUACACACAGGAGAGAGACCCCAUGUAUGUCCUGACUGUGGGAAGAGUUUCAGUAAGAGUUCUGACUUACGUGCACAUCAUAGAACCCACACAGGAGAGAAACCCUAUGGGUGUCAUGAUUGUGGCAAGUGCUUCAGUAAAAGCUCUGCUCUGAAUAAGCACAGAGAAAUCCAUACACGAGAAAAACUUCUAACACAAUCAGUGCCUAAGUAAGCCGCUGAGGAUCUAUUUUUUAAAAAAGAACCUCAAUAAAUGUAUUGAAAUUGUUUGAAAAAGUCUUUCAAUAGUGAGAUCCAUCUCCUAUCUGUGCCAAAAUAGCUUAGGAAAUACUCUAGCAUUUACCCCACCAUUUGUUUCUGUUUCUCUUGAAUCAAAUUCUCAAGGCAGUCAUCUUAAGAAUGAAAAGAUUUCAAUCCCUCUCCUGCUAUUCCCGUAAUACAGAGGACACAGUUGUAGGUCCUGUGAGUUUGACAUGUACCCUUCUUUCCUAAUGCUGUUAUUCAGCUGCAUUUCGAGUGGAAAACAUCACAGAGCAUUUCAGGGAGAAGUUGUGAGACUUGGCUCAUUGAGUAGGUCUAGCUCUUUAUACAGUAAUGGAAAUACUAAAAGGAAUGACUCUUCCUGCUCACUUAAGCCUGUGCCCAGAAUGAAAUACAGAUGGUCCCCAACUUACAAUAGUUCAACUUUGUGAUGGUAUGAACAUGAUAUGCAUUUAAUAGAAACUGUCUAGGCUAAGCAAUGAUGUUUGGUAGGUUAAGGGCAUUUUUGACUUAUGAUAUAUUCCACUUAUGACAGAUUUAUCUGGACAUUACCCCAUUGUAACCUCGUAAGUACAGGAGCCUCUAUAUUUGUCUGGCACUCUUCAUUUACCUAAAGGAAGGAAAGUUUAAUGUCCAUCUUGAUUCUCACCUAUGAAUCUUCUUGUCAAGAACCUAAAUGUUCUAUAUGGGGAAACAAUGUAAACCCUGUAUAAAUAUUGAGGUGUUAACCUUGGAUUUCUUAGUUCCUUCCAAGCCCUAGAAGAACUGGAAUAGAAUACUACAUUUAUAGCAACUAGUUUGAUUUUUUUUUUUUUUCUGUCUCUCUCAUCUGAAUUUCAUCUGUCUCUUGUGGUCCAGAAGCCCAAAGAGCAAGGCAGCUGGAUGUGGUGAUUGGGAAAGCAGUUAAAGCUGCCAAUAGGAAAUUGUCUAUAUUCCACACACUCCAACACCUAGUCUAGUGUUAGGUUCCCCAUGGGUGCUCAAUACUAACUUACAAGGAGCAGAAGCCACUGCCACACUCCCAUGGAUUGGGAAAACAAACCAAGCCAACAACUCAUUACCCUAAUGGCAAGGAGGACAGAUUAUCUUUGGUCAGGUGAGUUGCCAAUACACACACACACACGUGCAUAUAUUUAACUGUAUACAUCUGUUUUUAAAAGCAGCUCUUCAGUGUAAUUCUGAUCUGAUCUUUAUAAUCAAAUAGUAUUGCAUUAAUUACCCAUCUUUUCAUAGUAUGAUGAGCCCUGUACAGCACAAAUUAGACAGUUCCUGUCCUUACAAUCUAAAGUAACACUGACAUGGACAGAUAAUAAGUACAUGUGUAUAGUUGCAAUAGUUAACACUAGUUAACAUUGCAUAAAUGUUAAGGUCUAAUGUAUUAGAGUUUUCUGUCAGAAAAAUCUGGGAGGAAUUUUCUUUUUAUUCAGGAAGGCUUCAUGAAGCAGGAAGUGUUCAAAAGAGGGAAGGUUACUGGGUAAAUUAGACAGAUGAACUUUCCAAAACUGCGUGCUGAUUGGAUGAGAAAUGGGAACAUUGGGGAGCAAGGUGUUUUCUGCAGAAGGAGCAGAGGGCAAGGAGAAGCUGUAAGGAAGGUUAGACAAAGCUUGGAGCAGCACAAAAUUUGAGGGACAGUAUGAUACAGACUGUGCUAAGGCAGACAAAGAAUCACCUUAGCUGAAACAUGUGGAGUGCCAGAGGCAGAUCAGGAGGUGAUACUCUCAUCAUCGAUAGGAAAUCAGGUUCUGUGCUGUAGUUAUUGAUAAGGAAACAGCUGGCUGGUACUGGAAGAGAAGAAAGCGAUUACAGCAGACUAGCUCCUAUGAGAGACAAAGGUCAGAAACUAGUGUCUUGAGAAGAUACUUUGAUGGGCAGGUCAGGAAAGAGGAACACGAGCAGAUGGCCAAGGCCUAGGAUGAGUAGCUGUUUCACAUUCACAUUUACAGUUCUGUGGCUAGAGUGAGAUCUAGGAGAGGAGUGGGGAGAUAGAAUAUUCUGUUAAUUCACAACUUACUGCAUUAGAUGAGAGGUUAAUUAGAGCUCUGAUGUUGAGGAGUGCUAGUACAAACGAUCUAACAUUUAUUAGGAAUUAAAGGGAGAUGGUAUCUCAGUCAUAUUACCUAAGCAGACAGGAAGAUAUAAGAAACACCAGUCUAAAGCAAUGCUUCAAGAUCUGAGAUGGUUUAGGAAAUAUGCUAUUUGUUAAAAAUGAGAGAUUACUAUCUUUAGUAUAUCUUUGUAUAGUCUUGUGGGAAAGCAUUGGUUGGGGUAAACAGAUAUGAAUUCUGGUUCCAGAUGUCUUAUGUGUAAAUCAGCCUGCUUCCAAUUCCCUUUCUGUAAAGCAGAAUAAUGUUUAUACCUUAAUCUGCCUCUCAGGGAUACCAUGUUAAUAAAAA